AUGGGUGCAUUUUUGCAACCUGGUACUUUUAUUUCGGAAGCAAGAUUUAUUGAUAAAGUUAAAUUUACGCUUGAUUACAAGCGGCGUUUCAUCAAAGUUAUAUUUGGAGUUCAAUAUAAUCAUCUUUUUAAAUUAGAAAUUCAAUUUAAAGAUGUGGACGGCGAAAUUAUUGCUGAAUGCGAUAAAUCUCGAGCUAUUCUUACAGUUUCGAGCAAGUUUCCAGCUAGAUAUUGGUUUCACAAUGGAGCACAAAAA